GAUGAGCUCGGAGCUGCAGCUGCUGCAUUAGUAGCGUUUGAAAUGAACCGAGGAGCUCAGUUUGUUUACUGGUGUAAAUAACACAAAUAUGUGGACGUAAACAGGGGCGCGUGGACGCGGGUUUUCCCCCGGUGCUUGUGUUUAGGAAAGUUGAGCAGUGUGUGUUGUUUCUUGCCUCGCGAGAGACGGAGAGUUACCUUUGGAACAAGGUCAUGAGUGCCUCUAGGAAAGACCCAGUGGAGAAUAACCUCACCUGUCCAAAGCCCCGCCCUACCUGGGCCUCACCCUGCCCCCCACCCCUGGACUCCCACCAUGACCACCACCCAGAGGCGAGCGUCAGGUCCCGGGGAAGUCCAGAUACUGAGGAGCCCAGGAGACACGAUGUGGAUUAGGGGAUGAGUCCUGCCGAGGAGGAGCCAGGGAGGGAUGAGGUUGCUGGGGGUGAGAGGGCGAGGAUGGGCUGCCCCUGCCCUGUGGCACGUCCGGCUGCCUCCCCGUGAGCAUGCAGGUCCUACAGAUCGUCAAGGAGCUGGUGUCGCCCUCGAGACGCAGGGCAGCGGCCAGGUUUGGAGCGUCUGAUACCGAGCAGGAUGCGGCGGUGAAACUUGACCAGGAGCGCGCUGAGAUAGUCGCCAAAUAUGACAAGGGAAAAGAGGCCACCGUGGAGCCGUGGGAGGACACCAACUUCCACCUGUAUAAAGUCAUCGACCGCUUCGGCUUUGUUCAUGAGAAUGAACUUCCAUCCUACGACUCAGUGGAGGAGAAGCAAAAACACCUGGAGGUGGAGAGGACUACAAAAUGGCUGAAGAUGCUGAAGAGCUGGGACAAAUACAAGAACAGUGAGAAGCUGGUCAGGAGGGUCUAUAAGGGAAUUCCCCUGCAGCUCCGAGGGGAGGUGUGGUGCUUGCUGCUCGAUAUUCCCAAAAUAAAGGAGGAGAAGAAAGACUUCUACGAGAAACUAAAGGCCCGAGCCAGAGGACUCUCCCCAGACAUCCGUCAGAUUGACCUGGAUGUGAACCGGACCUACAGGGACCACAUCAUGUUCAUGCAUCGCUACGAUGUCAAGCAGCAGGCUCUCUUCCACGUCCUCACAGCCUACUCCAUGUACAACACGGAGGUGGGCUACUGCCAGGGCAUGAGCCAGAUCACAGCUCUGCUGCUGAUCUACAUGAAUGAAGAGGACGCCUUCUGGGCUCUGGUUAAACUGCUGUCUGGACAGAAGCACGCCAUGCACGGGUUCUUUAUCCCCGGCUUCCCGAAGCUGAUGCGUUUCCAGGAACACCACGACCGCAUCCUCAAGAAGAUGAUGCCCAAACUGAAACAACACCUGGACAGCCAGGAGGUGUUUACCAGUCUCUACACUAUGAAGUGGUUCUUCCAGUGCUUCCUGGACAGAACUCCCUUCACCCUCACCCUCAGGAUCUGGGACAUCUACAUCUUGGAGGGAGAACGGGUGCUGCCCACCAUGUCCUACACUAUCCUCAAACUGCACAAGAAGCAUCUGAUGAAGCUGUCCAUGGAGGAGCUGGUGGAGUUUCUGCAGGUGACUUUGUCCAAAGAUUUCUUCUUCGAGGACGACUUUGUGAUCGAGCAGCUACAGGCGUCCAUGACGGAGCUCAGGAGGGCAAAGCUGGAGCUGCCCGCACCAGGUAAAGAAGAAGAGUUUCCCAAGAAGCCUCUCGGGCAGCUUCCUCCUGAGGUGGCAGCAGCAGCGGUGAACCACGUGGCCAACGGGCAAAGCCACGCCGAGCCAGUCGAGCCUCCCAGGGACCCGAGUCCUGUACCAGACCGUCAGCGGGACAGCCGCCCCCCCAGCCGGUCACGCCGGGACUCACUGGAGAAAGUGAUCCGCCGCAACAAGGAUGACAGGAGGAACGUCCGCUCCAGGGGAUCAGGGGAGAUCCCCAAUGAGCAGCAAAAGCAGUCCACCUCCACCACGCCUGAGAGAGGAGCAACCCCGCCCUCAGCCCCCACCCCUACACCACAGCUCAUUACAGUGGAUAGAGGGAGGCCUCAGGGCCACGCCAUCGCCAACCACAACGCCAACGCGGCCUCCAGCUCUCGCAGAGAAAUCACUCCCCGCUGGUACAAACCCUCCGAGACGAAGCUGGAAGCAGUCAAAGCAGCAGCAGCCCGGGAGGUCCAGCUGAGCAGAGGGGCGUCGCCGGCUCCUUCCAGCCCAGAGGACAGCGCUCAGCCCCACCGCCGGCCACGCUCCAAGGGCUUCGUCCCCGGCUCCGACCGAGGCUCCAACGCCUCCCAGUAUGACAACGUACCAGGGCUGCCAGAGCAGGAUUUCGAGAUCCUGGAGCUUGACAGACCUCCGUCCAGAAUGAGGACCCCCCGCAGUGAGACACCCUUCAGUGUAUCAUCCCUCCAUCAGGGCAGCCCGAGCCGUGGCACCAGCCUGACCGGGAGCGUCGUCUCCGUCGCAUCAGGGCUCAGGAUGGCAAAACACCCUCUUCCUCCUUCGUUUCCCCACAGCAGUCCAGGAGGGGUCCAGUCCAGCUACCCUGGCAACCAGAGCCAGUACCUCACCCCUCCUCAGCAGCACUCCCCAGGCAGAACUACAACCGAAGUCCCCAUCUUCCAUCCUGCGUACAGCGUGAGCCUGGACCACAGAGGGGAGGACAGACACUAUGCCCCGCCCAACAGAUUUACCCCGCCCUCAAAUGUGGUGUACGGGGAAAGAGCGUACGCCACCACCCAGCGGCCAGCCAACAACCUCUCCCCAGACAAGGCUCUCAUGAACAACUCCUACACCACCUACCGCAGGGGGCCGCCACCAAGCUCCACCCACAACCCCCGAAACACCAGGCCUCUCCCGGAGCACUCCAUACAGCUGGAAACCAAGGGGAGCUCCACCCCUAUCUACCUGCAACAGCUCACCUCCACCACACAGGUCUAUGUUCCGGCGGACUACAGGUUUGAGGGGCAUCGGAGAGGUGAGGCAAACCCACAUUUCCUGCCAGAGGGCGGGCCUCGGCGGCCUGUAGACGGGCUCCCAUGGGCGCCGGAGAAUGAGCUGCCCCCUCAGUCCCCAGGUGGGAUGCCCCGUUCGCCCAGCUUCCAGCGAGCCCAAAUGUCUCCCGUUCAGGAGUUCACUUUCCCCCCAAAACCAGACAGCGUGCUUCACUACAGGACACAGUUCCAGGAGCAGCAGCCCGUCAUAAGGCACCAGCUCCCCCAACUGUUUGGAGGACCACACUACAGGCACGCACAGGAGGCGUUUGCCAUGCAGGAGUCCAUGCUGCUGUGAUUGGACGAUACAGAAAUGGCAAGACACUGUAAACAAAACAAAAAUAACUGAGGUGUAGUCACUGACACUGUGGUAAAGACGAGCAGUAGUCCUAGCUUUGUUAGGAGCCUGGUUUUGUUUCUGCUCUGUUGUUCUUUAUGUGUGAAGUACUGACCUUCUGACUGUCACGCUGCGGCGUUAAUGCUGCAGGACACACCAGCCUCUGACGUUUUUACUGAUCACUUUAAAAAGAGAAAAAAAAACUGACUGAAGAUUUUAUUUUAUUUUUGGAUGUAAAUCAUUAACGACAGGUGACAGUAUAUAUCUUUUAGAGUCUGAUAUGUACAGUGGAUUUUUUUGUUUGUUAAUAUGCUGAGUUGUUAUCAGUAGCAGGGGCAAAACUCUGAUUUAUUUUCCAUCUUUAUUUUUUUAUAUGUUACUUCCAGAUAUUUACAUUAGAGAUCGAUUUACUCUAUAUGCUUGUGAAUGUUAUUUUUCAAAGAGAAUACUAUGUCCAAUGAUAGAGUUAGAGAGCAGUGAUGAACGGGGUCACUGUACGUUUUGAUUUCAAUUUUGAAGCGCCUCCACUGUAGAAAGAGCAGGGUUUGUUGAUUUAUUUUUUAGCAUUUUCCCUUUCAGUUUCAGUGAUAAUAUUCCUUCCUGAUUAACUGAUGUGCAAUUAAUUUCUCUUUCAUACGUGAAGUACAGUACAUUGGGUAUUUACAUGUGUUUGAGGCCAGUGUAGUUUUUGGUUAAAUUCAAACCCUGAUUAGAGACUCAAGGAAUAGAGAGCUAAUUUGUGAGGGCUAAUAAUAUAUAUAUUUUCUGGUUUGAUAGCUUUGAGUCAUCUGAUUUGCUAUGUAACCAUAGGUAACGUGUUUUUUUUUAAAUUGCCGUACUGUAGUUUUCACAUCUUGAGCACAUGCAGCCAGAGAUGGAUGUGAACUAGUUUCAGUACAAGUUUGCUUUACUUCAUUAUGUCUUAUUAUUCUCAACACUGUCAUAUCAACUACUGUUCAGCUGCUGGCACUUCACUGGCAUACAGAGUCAUCUGGCACACACACACAUACGCACACACUACAUGUCACAAAUGUGUGAGUCACACAUUUCAACAUUUAAUCAGCCACAUUCCCUUUUAUUAUUAUUAUUUCUAUUAGUCCUCAUACUCUGGUUUUAAGCAGUUACUCCCAAACAGUAUUGCCGUACUGUUCAUUACAUUCCCUAAGUUAUCUUUGUUUUUUGUUAAACAACUAAUUGCAGACCAUUCUGAUACUUUGCUUAAUAAAAUGAAGAGGGUGAAAAUGA